CCGGAGCGUGCACGCACCCAGACGCUUUGCGGGAGCGAGCGCGUCCGGGAGCUCGCGGCCGGAGAAGGCCGGCGGGUUAGGGGAUCGGCGUCCGCGGUUCAGGAUUCCAGAACUGAAAAUAACAGUGAGGAGGAUGUGGUCCAAUUCCCCUUCAUUUUACAGAUAAGGAAAUUGUCACCUGGUGUGGUAAGAGUACCUGUGGAGUACACAAUGGAUUCCUUAGACCACAUGCUGACGGAUCCCCUGGAACUUGGUCCAUGUGGAGAUAGCCAUGGCACACGGAUCAUGGAGGAUUGCCUACUGGGAGGCACCAGGGUUAGUCUGCCAGAGGACCUUCUGGAGGAUCCUGAGAUUUUCUUUGAUGUUGUCAGCCUCUCAACAUGGCAGGAAGUAUUAAGUGACUCUCAGCGUGAACACCUCCAGCAGUUUCUGCCUCACUUUCCUGAAGACGGUAUUGAGCAGCAAAAUGAGCUUAUCUUCGCCCUGUUCAGUGGAGAGAACUUCCGCUUUGGGAACCCUCUGCACAUUGCCCAGAAGCUUUUUCGAGAUGGACACUUUAACCCUGAGGUGGUCAAGUAUCGGCAGCUCUGCUUCAAGUCACAGUACAAGCGCUACCUCAGCUCCCAGCAGCAGUAUUUCCAUCGGCUGCUGAAGCAGAUUCUUGCUUCCCGGAGUGAUCUAUUGGAGAUGGCCCGGCGGAGUGGCCCGGCCCUUUCUUUCCGGCAGAAGCGCCCUUCACCAUCCCGUACCCCGGAGGAGCGAGAGUGGCGGACCCAGCAGCGCUACUUGAAGGUCUUGAGGGAAGUGAAGGAGGAGUGUGGUGACACAGCCCUGUCAUCUGACGAAGAGGCCACGUUGGAUUUACAAGAAAAAUUUUCUUUUGAAGAUCUCAGCUCAUGGCUUCCGAGCUCUCCAGCGCGUUCUCCUAGUCCCGCGGUGCCCCUGAGGGUGGUGCCCACGCUUUCAACUAUGGAUAUGAAAACGACAGAUAAAAUAGAACUGGGGGACAGUGACCUGAAGAUGAUGUUAAAGAAGCACCAUGAGAAGCGGAAACAUCAACCAGAUCACCCAGACCUUUUGACAGGGGACCUGACCCUCAGUGACAUCAUGACUCGAGUAAAUGCUGGCAGAAAGGGCUCUCUAGCAGCCCUGUAUGACUUGGCUGUCCUUAAAAAAAAGGUUAAGGAAAGAGAGGAAAAGAAGAAGAAGAAAAUAAAAAUGAUCAAAUCGGAGGCAGAGGAUCUGACUGAGCCCCUUAGCAAUACUGAAGGGGUCCCCCCUCUCUCACAGGCCCCAUCUCCGCUGGCCAUUCCUGCUAUCAAGGAAGAGCCCCUUGAAGACCUCAAGCCUUGCCUUGGAAUCAAUGAAAUAUCUUCCAGCUUCUUCUCUCUUCUGUUAGAGAUCUUGCUGCUAGAGAGUCAGGCUAGCCUUCCUAUGCUAGAGGAGCGAGUUUUGGAUUGGCAGUCAUCUCCAGCCAGCUCCCUCAACAGCUGGUUCUCUGCGGCCCCCAACUGGGCUGAGUUGGUGUUACCAGCCCUGCAGUAUCUUGCAGGAGAAAGCCGAGCUGUUCCUUCCAGUUUCUCUCCAUUUGUUGAAUUCAAAGAGAAAACCCAGCAGUGGAAAUUGCUUGGCCAAUCCCAAGAUAAUGAAAAGGAAUUAGCUGCCCUCUUCCAGCUGUGGCUAGAGACCAAAGACCAGGCCUUCUGUAAGCAAGAAAAUGAAGACAGCUCAGAUGCUACAACACCUGUCCCUCGGGUAAGAACUGACUAUGUGGUACGGCCCAGCACAGGGGAGGAGAAACGGGUUUUUCAGGAGCAGGAGCGUUACAGGUAUAGCCAACCUCAUAAGGCCUUCACCUUUCGCAUGCAUGGCUUUGAGUCUGUGGUGGGGCCGGUGAAGGGCGUGUUUGACAAGGAGACCUCGCUCAACAAGGCUCGGGAGCACUCCCUGCUGCGCUCUGACCGGCCUGCCUACGUCACCAUCCUAUCUCUUGUUCGGGAUGCUGCGGCUCGGCUGCCUAAUGGAGAAGGCACACGGGCAGAGAUCUGUGAACUGCUCAAGGACUCCCAGUUUCUUGCACCAGAUGUCACCAGCACUCAGGUGAAUACAGUGGUGAGUGGUGCACUGGAUCGGCUACAUUAUGAGAAAGAUCCUUGUGUGAAGUAUGACAUUGGGCGAAAGCUGUGGAUCUACCUGCAUCGUGACCGGAGUGAAGAAGAGUUUGAGCGGAUUCACCAAGCACAAGCAGCUGCGGCUAAAGCCAGAAAAGCCCUUCAGCAAAAACCUAAGCCCCCAUCCAAGGUGAAGUCCAGUAGCAAAGAGAGCUCUGUAAAAGUCCUCAGCAGUGGCCCUUCAGAGCAGAGCCAGAUGAGCCUCAGUGACUCUAGCAUGCCACCCACCCCGGUCACACCUGUAACCCCCACCACGCCGGCGUUGCCUGCCACUCCGAUCUCCCCUCCACCUGUAUCAUCAGUGAACAAAAGCGGCCCUACCACUGUCUCCGAACCAGCUAAGUCUAGCUCAGGUGUUCUUCUGGUAUCCUCACCCACAAUGCCACAGCUGGGGACAAUGCUUUCCCCAGCUUCCAGCCAGACUCCACCCAGUUCUCAGGCUACCCGAGUGGUGAGCCACACUGGCUCAGCAGGAGUGCCCCAGGUACGGGUGGUGGCCCAGCCUGCCCUUCCUGCUGUUCCCCAGCAGGCAGCAGGGCCCGCCCAGACACUGCCGCAGAUGCCCGGAGGACCGCAGAUCCGUGUUCCAGCCACUGCCACACAAACCAAAGUAGUGCCCCAGACAGUAAUGGCUACUGUUCCAGUCAAAGCUCCGACUGCAGCGGCCACUGUGCAGCGGCCUGGACCUGGGCAGACGGGGCUCACGGUGACGAGUCUCCCUGCUGCAGCCAGCCCUGUGAGUAAGCCGGCCACAAGUUCUCCUGGGACCUCUGCUCCAAGUGCCUCCACGGCUGCUGUCAUCCAAAAUGUCACAGGACAGAACAUUAUCAAGCAGGUGGCAAUUACUGGGCAGCUUGGUGUGAAGCCCCAGACGGGCAACAGCAUUCCACUCACAGCCACUAACUUCCGUAUCCAGGGUAAGGAUGUAUUGCGUCUGCCACCCUCUUCCAUCACCACAGAUGCCAAGGGCCAGACAGUUCUGCGAAUCACGCCGGACAUGAUGGCCACAUUGGCCAAGUCCCAGGUUACCACAGUCAAAUUGACCCAGGACCUCUUCGGGACAGGAAGCGGCACUGCAGGCAAAGGCAUCUCUGCUACCUUACACGUCACUUCCAAUCCAAUCCAUGCAGCUGAUAGCCCUGCCAAGGCCAGUUCAGCCAGUGCCCCUUCAUCCACUCCAACAGGUACCACCGUGGUCAAAGUGACUCCUGACCUCAAGCCAACAGAAGCCUCAAGUUCAGCUUUUCGCUUGAUGCCAGCUCUUGGUGUGAGUGUGGCAGACCAGAAGGGCAAAAGCACAGUGGCCUCUUCAGAAGCAAAACCAGCUGCCACAAUCCGCAUCGUGCAGGGCCUGGGGGUGAUGCCUCCCAAAGCAGGCCAGACCAUCACAGUAGCAACCCAUGCCAAGCAAGGGGCCUCGGUAGCCAGUGGGUCUGGAACUGUUCAUACUUCAGCAGUGUCUUUGCCCAGUAUGAAUGCCGCUGUGUCCAAGACUGUGGCUGUGGCUUCUGGGGCUGCAAGCACCCCCAUCAGCAUCGGGACAGGAGCCCCCACUGUGCGGCAGGUCCCUGUCAGCACCACGGUUGUGUCCACCUCCCAAGCUGGGAAGCUGCCUACACGGAUCACAGUUCCACUCUCUGUGAUUAGCCAGCCGAUGAAGGGCAAGAGUGUGGUCACAGCCCCCAUCAUCAAAGGCAACCUUGGAGCCAACCUCGGCGGUUUGGGCCGCAAUAUUAUCCUCACGACCAUGCCAGCAGGUACUAAGCUCAUUGCUGGCAAUAAGCCUGUUAGUUUCCUCACUGCCCAACAGUUGCAGCAACUUCAGCAGCAAGGUCAGGCCACACAGGUGCGCAUCCAGACUGUCCCCGCGUCCCAUCUCCAACAGGGAACAGCAUCUGGCUCCUCUAAAGCAGUCUCCACUGUUGUUGUGACCACAGCGCCAUCUCCUAAACAGGCACCUGAGCAACAGUGAUCAUGAGAGAGAUGGCUUCCAUAAAAGACCAUGGUCUGUCCUUCUGGCUGAAAGGAAGGGGCCAUGGAGGUUGUUUCAUUCCCCUGAGCUUACCUGUUCGAGGCAGCGAGUAGGGGCAUGAUGGCAACAGUGGCCUGUAUUCUGCUGCCGCACUCCACAGUGGAGCACCCUGAGAAAGGUUCACCCCAGGGUUUCAGGUCUGCUCCCUACCAAUCCAGGAGAAGAUUCUGUUGGAAUUGGAGGAGGUCAUGGUUAUGUCAUACAAGCCAGAGUUCUCUCCUGGGAGUAAGAUACCCAGGGCAGGCUCACCAGUUGCAGAGUGCACAGACAGUGAAAAAGCCUCGUUCUAUAUGAGGAUUAUAUUUUUAGCUUCUGGUCUUCUCCGUGACUAAUGGUCUGGAUAUGAGUUUUGUGUCCAGAAAAUUUUAUGUAACUUAUUUUUUUAAAGAGACUAUCGUACAUCUUUAUCAAGUAGAAAUCUGCGCUUUAGCCCCUGUAAGCCGAUUACUUACCCUUUUGACCAGAGUGAGAGAAUAGCAAGAGUCUUAGUAAGCUGAUGGUUGACUUGAUAACUACAUAGUAAUCAAGAGGCUGUAAGAUGGGGAAAACCAUAGAAAGUGGGGUAGCGUGGAUUCCCUGAAAUGGGAUUAGUUUGGCGCAUCCUCUUAAAGAUGGGUGUUGGGAUCUUGGUUGUGGUCCCUACCUUCACAGGCUGACUUUGUCCUUCAUGGCAAGCUUGUUCACAUGGCAGUCCAGAGCCAGUGGACAGAGAGGAGGGGAAUGACAGUGGAGAUGCUGCUUUUGCAGCACAAACUUUGUUGCAGUUCAGAGAUGAUACAUUCUGCUUUGCUCCAGAAGAAGAGUUUCAAACCAGGCCCUUAGGGCUGGCUACCUGUUUUUGUAAAUAAAGUUGUAUUGGAACACA